UGAAAUUAAACAACAAAUUGCGCAUCUAUUUGUUUUUUUUGAUUAAUAAGUUCUAAAAUACGUUUCGCUCGAUAAAGAUGACAAUAACUACAUCACGUUAAGAAUAAAACAUUAAAUUUACUUUAAUUUUGGUUUCACUGAAUUCUUUCUAUAACUUAUUUAAAUUAAAUGAAAGAAUCUCGCUUUGUUCGAUCUCCAGACCGUUUUAGAUUCAAAACAAGAAACGAACAUGAAAAAAAGUCGAAAUGGAAGCAUUAUCGCCGUUCAACGUCAAAAUCCCAUAGUUCUACGCAUUCCAACGUGCGUUAUCAUGAAGAGAAAUCACAUAUCACCAGAAGAAAAAAACAGAAAACUGGAUCUCGAUGGAAUCGCAAUAGUAGAGGAAGCAGUUAUUCAAUUAGUCGUGGAAGUAGUCGUAGUAGUCAUACUAGCGUUUGUAGUCGUGGUACAAGUUGGUCGUCACACGGUCGGCGCACAUCAUCAAGUGUAUCACGUUCAAAACGACGAGGGUUGGGUAAACGAAGUUCGUAUCGUAGAUCCUUUGAAAGACGUCAGGAAGAUAGUCACUCCUGGAGAAGAACGCGUCGAAGACAUGACAAGGAAGGUUAUGGAUCUAAUUUGGAUUAUUACAAAGAACCUAUACGAUUAUCAGUUAUAGCUUUGCGUCGCGUUCCCAUAACAUUGACUGAAAAUGAUUUGGAAUCAGCGAUACGUUCAACAGCCAUAUCUGUUGGAUUUUCACCUCCCAAUUUUAUCAAACUUUUGUCUCUCGAAAAUACCCCCAAUAAUACUUCCAACACAACAAGUGCCUAUGUACAAUUUCCAUCUUGUGACUCAGCACAAGGGUUUUACGAUGCUUGUCGAAAGAAUUUUCAAGUAAAAUGUAAACAAAUAUAUUUAGAAAUACCUCAAUGUCCACCAGCGCGUUUGAAUUUGUUAACAUCGUCGCACACGCCCUCUGAUUGGGCUGCAGUGAUAGAUCCUGUUAAUGAUCACAGAUCCUUAGGACUUGGAAUUCCAUACCCUAACUUAAAAGAAUUUGUCAUGGACAGUAAGAGUGGGUUACUCUUUAGCGAAAAAGCAGGGCUGUUCUAUGAUAUGGCCAACCAGCAGUUUAUAUCAUUCAAUGGAGUGUAUUAUGUUAAAAGUGUUACAACGCCGUACACUUUGGUUCCGAUUCAAGACUUAGCAGGAAGCACCAGUACAACUCCCUCAGCACUUAUUACUACUAUGAAAGCGAAAAUACUUAAUGAAUCGAGUGAACAACAUGAAAAAGAAGAAGAUACGCUACUCGUGCCUCAUAUUGACAGCGCUACUACCAAGGCAUCAGCUGUUGCAUCCGUGUUGGCAACAGCUCAACUUGCAGCUAAGGCAACCAAAAGGGUUGUCAAACCUAAGCUUGGAGAUGGAAUGUCUGCAUUAGGAACGUUAGGAACGCCUUCCGAUAAAGAACAUGCUCAAACGGCAGGAUCCUCCAUUCGUAAAGAUUAUCCAGAAGUUUUGACAAUUGAAUCUGUAUUUGGAGAUGCCGUUGUCGAAGAGGAGUUAAAAAUAGACCAGCUUGCUUCUAAGGAAAACAAAGAAAACAUUUCAAACAAUGAACAUACGUCAAACUUCUAUAAUGAAUUAAUCCAAGCACAACAAUUUAUUUGUUUUGUUUGUAUCCAACAAUUUAAAGAUGCAAACCAUUUAUCAAAACAUCAAACAGAAAGUUUAUUACAUCAGAAAAAUUGCAAACUUCAAAAUAUAACAAAUGGUGCCGUUUAAAUUUUCAAUAUCUUCUAUGGCUAUAACUCAUUCAUUCCUGUUCAUUUUUUACCCAAAAAUGCUUCCGAAACAUCUGUGUGAAUGUCUGAUAAAUGAUAGCGUUAAGAAAAAAAAGAUGAAGAACGUAGUAGGAAGAAAUUAAAAAACACAAUUAAUUUUUCUUUUUUAAAAAAGAGUUAAAAAUAAUUACAAUUUAACCUAUUGCAAAUAUCA